CCCUACUCGCGCUCGCCGCCGUCGAACGGCCCGGCAGUUCCCGGCGGCGUCCGGAUCCUGAGGAGAAGGAGCAUGGAUGACACCCAAGUGGUGGACUGGGGGUCUGGAGAAGAGGAGGUCGGAGGACCCCACGGCCCCGCGGAGGGGCUCGGCGACGAGCCCGUGGGGCGGCUUCAUCUCUUCAGCAGCGUCCAUGGACCCGAGAAAGAUUGUGAGCCCCAUGGCAGAGAGUGACUCUGUUUCGAUCGUCUUUUAUCCGCCACAGUGCUUGGCCUUUGAUUUCCUCCUGUCCCCGGGGGAGAACGUGGUGGGCCGCGUGGCCGGCUGCGCCGUGACCCUGCCCUUCCCGUCCAUCUCCAAACGGCACGCGGUCAUCGAGGCCCCGGGCCGGGGGCUCCCGGCCGUGCUGCGUGACUGCGGCAGCCUGAACCGCACCCGCCUCCUGCGGCCCUCCACGCUCCUGCAGCCCGGCCGCGCUUACCGCCUGCGCGACCGGGACCUGCUGCUCUUCGCCGACCUGCCCUGUCAGUACCACCGGCUGCCCCCGGCCCGCGGGACCCUGAGCGUGGAAGAGACUCCCCGGCCACCUCCGGCCCGUGGGGCCCUGAGCGUGGAGGAGACGCCCCAGCCCCGGGCCCGCAGGGCCGACCUGGCUGAGUCCCAGGCUGCCCCGCUGGCCGAGGACUCGGAGGAGGAGGAUGCGGAAGAGGCCGGCCGGGGAGAUCCACCCCGAAACGGCACUGUUGGGAUCGCGGCGACAGCCUCCAUCUCGCCAUCCACGACCGUGGUCCCGGACAGCGAGGAAGAAGGGGAGGCUCUGGCCUCCGCCCAUCCUGCUCCGAUCCCCACGUUACUGCUGGACAGCGACACCGAUGAAGAGGAGUGGGGCGCCGCCGUGGCUCCAGGGGGGCACCCCCGGGCAGCGGUGGCACGAGGCGGGAGCCCCGGAGAAGCAGUGGCGGGGGGCCGAGUCCCCCCGGCCGGAGACGACAGUGACACAGACGUGGACGGGGAGGGCGUCCCCCCAACCCCGGCCCAGGGGGAGCAGAGUCAUGCCCCCGGGGCGGACGACAGCGACACGGACGUCGGGGAAGAGGAGGAGGAGGACGGGCGGGACGCGGAGGAGAGGGGCCCAGUGGCGGCCGCCACCGGGACACCCUUGAGGACAAGCCAGGCCGCCGGGGCCCGGGACGGAGAUACAGAAGCAGGCGAGGAGGAGGAAGAUGAGGAGAGGGAUCCAGCAGCGGCCACCACUGGGACUCCCUUGGAGAGGAGCCACGCCCCAGUUGUGGGAGACAGCGAUACCGACAUGGAGGAGGAGGCGGGGGAGGGGAGGGGCCCAGCGACCACCACCGGUACACCGCCGGAGAAGAGCCAGGCCUCUGCAGAAGGGAAGAGAGAUACCGACGUGGUGGAGGAGGAGAGAGGCCCGGUGGCCGCCACCACCAGGACGCCCUUGGAGAAGAGCCAGGCCCCCGUGGCGGGGGACAGCGACACAGACAUGGAGGUAGAGGCCGGGGAGAGGGGCCCAGUGGUGGCCGCCACUGAGACCCCCUUGGAGAAGAGCCAGGCCCCCGAGGCGGGCCACAGAGAUACGGACGUGGAGGGGGAGGAGGAGAGGGGCCCAGCGGCGGCCACCACCGGGACGCCCUUGAGGACAAGCCAAGCCUCCGGGGCCCGGGACGGAGAUACAGAGGUGGAUGAGGAGGAGGAGAAGAGUAGUCUGGCGGCCUCCACCACCGGGAUGCCCCUGAACAAGAGCCAGGCCCCCGUGGUUGGGGACAGCGACACAGAUGGGGAGGAGUCGGGGGAGGAGAGGGGCCCAGCAGUAGCCACCGUCGGAACACCCUUGGAGAAGAGCCAGGCCUCUACAGAAGGGAACAGAGAUACCGACGCGGUGGAGGAGGAGAGAGGCCCGGUGGCCGCCACCACCAGGACGCUCUUGGAGAAGAGCCAGGGCCCCGUGGGGGGGGACAGCGACACAGACAUGGAGGAAGAGGCCGGGGAGAGGGGCCCAGCGGUGGCCACCACUGGGACCCCCUUGGAGAAGAUCCAGGCCUCCGUGGCGGGGGACGGAGCUACAGAUGUGGAGGAGGAAGAAGGGGCGGGGGAGAAGAAGGGCCCAGCGGCAUCCGCCACAGGGACCUACUUGGAGAAGAGCCAGGCAGCCGCAGAGGGUGAGGACGAUACAGACGUGGAGGAGGAGGGCGUGGUCCCGACAGUGGCCCUGGGGAAGAUCGGCCCCCCUGGUCCUGCCCCUCCAGGGCAGGGCAGGGAUCCUGAGGCAGAUGAGGGUGCUCCCGCAGGCGGGCAGGGGCCGGGGCCAGCGGGGGACAGCCGGCCCAGAGAGGAGGAGGGCGGGAGAACGGUGGGGAGACCGGGGGCUCAUCCUGCUGCGGAGACCCCGUCCCGGGAAGGCCAAGCCUGUGGGGUUCCAGCCGGAGAUGCCGCUGGGGACGCCGGGUCUCCGUUGCCCCCUCGGUCGGAGGGAGCCUGGGGCCCAGGGCCCGAGCCUGACAGCGCACCGGAGCCGGAGCAGGAGGAGGAGGAAGGCAGGGCCGACUCCUGCGAUGACACGUCCCACCUGGCCCUGCAGGCCACACAGUGCUUUGUGGGAGAGAGCGAGGGGGACAGCAGCUCCGCCGCCGACCGGAGCCUGGAAGAAGAGUCCACUCAGACCUUUCUCUUCACCCCACCCCUGGCCCGGCUCUCAGUGCCCCGCCCCCUCCCCUACGGCCAAAGCACCCCAAGCCUGGGUGUCUGCUGGGAAGAGGAGGAGGAAAUCCUGGCCACGCAGCCCUUCUGCCCCGGGGGACCAGGUGGCCAAUCAGAGGUGUCUGAGACCCAACCCAUUGCCUUCUACUUGGCAGCCUGUGGCACCCAGACUUCCUGGCCCCGAGCGGCCUCUGGAAAGAGGCUGAGCCAGGAGGUGCUAACACAGAGCCCCGGUAGGAUCACAGAGACGCAGAGCCCUGGGAAAGGACCAGAGGCACAGAGCCCCGAUAGGGUCCCAGAGACACAAAGCCCCGGUAGGAUCACAGAGACGCAGAGCCCUGGGAAAGGAACAGAAGCACAGAGCCCCGGUAGGAUCCCAGAGACGCAGAGCCCCGGUAGGAUCACACAGACACAGAGCCCCGGUAGGAUCACAGAGACGCAGAGCCCCGGUAGGAUCACAGAGACGCAGAGCCCCGAAAAGGGACCAGAGACGCAGAGCCCCGGUAGGAUCACACAGACACAGAGCUCUGGGAAAGGACUAGAGGCACAGAGCCCCAGUAGGAUCCCAGAAACACAGAGCCACGGUAGGAUCCCAGAGACACAGAGCCCUGGUGGAAUCACCAAGACACAGAGCCCUGAAAGAGACCCAGAGACCCAGAGCCCCGAGCGGGGGCCAGAGACACAGGGUCCUGAGAGAGGAUCAGAGACACAGAACCCCGAAAGGGGACCAGAAACCCAGAGGCCCAGUAGGAUUCCAGAGACACAGAGUGCUGAGAGGGCACCAGAGGCACAGAGCCCUGCUAGGGGAUCAGAGAGACAAAGUCCAGACACAGAGAGACCCGGGAAGGGUUCAGAGACACAGAGCCCCGAGAGGGGGUCAGAGACACACAGAGCUAAGAGGGGACCAGAGACACAGAGCCCUGGGAGAGGACCAGAGACACAGAACCCCAACAGGGGACCUGAAACCCAGACCCCUGCUAGGACCCCAGAAACACAGAGCCUAGCGAGGGGGCCAGAGAGACAAAGCCCAGAGAUACAGAGUGCCAGGAGCGGGUCAGAGACACAGAGAGCCGAAAGGAACCCAGAGAGACAGAGCCUGGAGAGGAGGCCAGAGACAGAGAGCCUAGCUAGGGGACCAGGGAGACAGAGCCUAGAGAUACAGAACCCUGAGAAGGAGUCAGAGAGCCAGAAACCGGAGGCAGGGGGACAGGUCUGGGUGUCAGAGAGGCCGGAGGUCCUGGGGAAGGCAACCCUGGAGAGGGUGGCACACAGCCAGACUCUAAAGGCUGAGUUGGAGAGACCGACGCCACAGGUGGCGUGCUUCGAGACCCCCGGGCAGGGUGCCCAACCGGAGGGGUGGAUGCCAGAGAUGGAGCCUCUGGGCCAGGAGGCCCUGCCGGAUGGCCCCUCGGACCCAGAGGCCAGGAGCCAGGGGUCGCCACCCGCCCCCAAGGGGGUCCGAUCCCACCACCGGCCGGCAGCCCCGACCAGCGGCCGGAGCCACAGGGACCGUGUGAAGCCAGAGAGCCUGCCCUCCAGCGAGAGCCCAGCGGUUGGCGAAGAGCACGGCACCUCACACCCAGCCCCCACAGAGCCCAAAGCUGCUACUCCUUCUCUGGAGUCUGCUGCUGGACCCAGGGUCCCCGCCGUCCCGAAACGCCAGGUGCUGGUGGCUCCCCCAGUCGACCGAGACCAGCCCAGCCCUGCUCCGGGCCCAGCUGGCCCCCAGGACUCUGCUCCCAGGACCAGGCGGAACCAGAGGCGAGGGAUGGCGAGAGCACCUGAAGUCUCCCAGAGCCCUCUGCCCCCGGAUGGCGCUCCGCAGGCCUCCCUCGGCCGGAGCCCGGGAUCCGCAGGGCCGCCCCUGACCGCGCGGUCCCAGCCGGAGGCCCCUCCGGAGCCGAGCCCGACCCCCGAGCCCGGAACCACUCCAGAGCCCGUCCCUCAGGCCAGGAGGAGCAGGAGGAGGGCCGCCCUGGGGGCCCCUCCGCCUUCAGAGCCCACAGUUGGGCCGGAUCCCGACCCCCGGACCAAAUGGAGACGGGGCACCGCGGGGGCAGCCCCGGCCCCAGAGCCCGAAGCCUCUGUCCCGCACAAGCCGAGCCGUCCCUCCCGAACCCGACAGAGAGGUGGGGCGGCGGCGGGGUCAGAGACCCUCGUGGCCUCGGAGACUGAACCCCCAGCUUCAACCGAGCCUCCGACUCCUCCGGAUCCCGGCACCCGGCGAGAGGCCGGAACCGUGUCGGAACCCUGUCCCCCAGCCAAACGGAGGCGGGGGGCGGCCGGGGGUCCCCCGCUGUCAGAAUCGCCACCUUCUGAGCCCAGAACUGUCCCAGAAGCCCCCGCCCGGGCCAAGCGAAAGAGGGGGGCGGCCGGGUCCUCCUCAGAACCUGAGCCCCCCACCCCCGCUGAGCCUAGAGCCUCCCCCGCGCCCCGCUCUACACGGAGUCGGAGCAGAGGGGCGGCCGGGAACCUGGAGUCCCCUCCGGCGCCCCGGUCUGAAGCCCAGGCCGCCCGGAGCCGUAAGCGGCCCCCGCCCCCUGAGGCGGAGCCCCCGAAGAGGUCACGCAGGGGAGGGGCCGGCCCCCGGGGAGCCCCAGAAUCGGAUGGCCCGCCCACAGAUGUGCCGAGACUCCGAGAAGAAGAGGUCUACCCGCAGUCUCCUGUGGGGACCCCCGGACCGAGGAGUGGCCCCGCGGCCGGGACGGACCUCACCCCGACUGGAAGCCGACGGAGCCUCAGGAAGACCCAGAAACCCGAGAAGCCCAGGGUUCUCUUCACCGGCGUGGUGGACCCUCAGGGGGAGCAGGCGGUCCAGGCCCUGGGCGGGCAGCUGGUGGGCUCGGUGGCGGACGCCACCCACCUGGUGACCGACCGCAUCCGCCGGACCGUCAAGUUCCUGUGCGCCCUGGGCCGGGGGCUCCCCAUCGUGGAUCGGAGCUGGCUGCACCAGUCACGCCAGGCCGGCCGCUUCCUGCCCCCGGACGACUUCGCCGUGGAUGACCCAGAGCAGGAGCUCAAUUUCGGAUUCAGCCUUCGGGAGGCCCUGAGCCGGGCCCGGAGCCGGGCGAUGCUUCAGGGCUACGAGAUCCACGUGACCCCAGGGGUGCAGCCCCCGCCCCCCCAGAUGCGGGAGAUCAUCGCCUGCUGCGGUGGCACCGUCUUAGCCCAGAUGCCACGGUCCUUUAAGCCUCGCCGGCUGGUCAUCUCCUGCCCGCAGGACCUGGGGCGCUGCUGCCCCGCGGCCCGGGCCGGGCUUCCCCUGCUCUCCGCGGAGUUCCUGCUCACCGGGGUCCUGCGCCAGGAGACACAGCCCCAGCCCUUUGCCCUGCCCCCGCCGCCUUGACAACGCUCGUGCCCCGGCCUCCGGCCUUUUCUACGGACACCCCCUCCCCAAAUAAAAACUGAUGGCAGAAACAAGGA